UCUUCAUUCAUUCCUCUGAGCCAAUCACAGAAGCGCCUUUAUUUGAGGCACGGCGUCGCGUUCGGUUGUUGCUAUUCGGUGUUGUCAUUUCAAACCAUGUCCCAAACAUGUCCAUCAUGUGCAAACUUAUAGACGAUUUUACAUCGUGUCCUGGUUGUUGAUUCUCGCCACGAUGAGUAACUACUUUAGAGAAGUCAUCACUCUUCAGUUGGGACAUUAUUCAAACUUUGUUGGGACUCACUGGUGGAAUUUACAGGAUGCGUCUUUAUCAUACGAUCCAGAAACGCCACCGAGUGAGAUCCAGAGCGAUGUCCUGUUUCGUGAAGGACAGACUACGAGCGGACAUGUCACCCACACGCCUCGCCUCAUCGCCAUGGAUCUCAAAGGAAGUCUCCGGACUCUACGGCAGGAGGGAAGUCUGUAUGACCCCGGCAAAGACACCUCCGCUUCCACAUGGGAUGGAAGCAUCAUGAUGCACAAAGAAAGUCCACCUCAGAAAAACCUCUUUCUGGAAGAUCUGGACAAGCUGGAUAAAGGGGAGAUCAUUUAUGAAGAUGAUAUUAACUCCAGUCCCCAGCCCCGGCACUCUGGUGCAGUGAGUGUGGACACCGUGAACAGCCAGCUGGCUCGAGUCCUGAAGGGCUACCGGCUGGAGGGCAGCGUGAAGGUGUGGUCCGACUUCCUCAGGAUCCACCUGCACCCUCGCACUAUCUCCGUCAUCCACCAGUACAACCAUGACGGUGAGGCUCACCGUCUGGAGGCUUUUGGCCAGGGAGACGCUCUCCUGCAGGGGUCGGUGCUCGAGCAGCUGGAGGACAAACUGCACUUCUUUGUGGAGGAGUGUGAUUACCUCCAGGGCUUCCAGGUCUUCUGUGACCUGGCCGACGGCUUUGCCGGCCUGGGGUCGAAGGUCACGGAGAUGCUGCGGGACUCUUACGGUGGGAGAGGCAUCCUCACCUGGGGGAUGGCUCCCGUCAGUCAUCCAGAUUCAACUCCCAUGAAGGAGCUCUACCACGUGUUGAACUGUGCGUUGGGGACAGUCAACAUGGCCGCCCACAGCUCCUUCUUCUGCCCGUUGACCCUGCGUGGUGGACUGGGCAGACGGCCCUCAGCUCCCAUAGCGUUCCCACACCUAAACUAUGAUCCGUCGAUGUGGUACCACUCCAGCUCUGUGCUGGCUUUGGCCCUCGAUGCCUUCACAUUACCGUACAGGCUGAAGAACGACAGCGUUCCCAUGUGGCAGAUGGCCGACGCGCUCGCCGUGUCGGGGAGAAAGGUGGUGGCCGCCUAUGGCGCCGUCCCCUUUCCCAUGAUGCAAGGCGGUACUCUCCCAGACGCCCUGAGCGCCUGCGCGGACGCGUUGCCCUGGAAACCGCUAUCAGCCUGCUCAGAAACCGGCGACGGUCGAUGCUACGGCCAGUUGGCGGUGCUCAAAGGCUUUGAGGGCCAGAGACUCAUCAGCUCUCUGGCUCCAGGGACUCAGCCAUCUACUCCUCUGCACGGCCUCCACAGCGGAGAGGACGUCCUGGAGUCCUACAUCAGAUCUUUCUAUCCUACGUCUCCUCUGAAUCUGCAUUUGGUGUCUACACCCAGUGCACUGACGCCACCUUUCCCUCAGAUAUUCAGUCAGUCCCUCAGUGCUCAGGGCUUCCUGCAGAGCCAGCUUCCUCCGCCCGGCUCUCGACCCCCCGUGGUCUCCUCCACUCCCGUCAUGACGUCCCUCCAGUCCGGUCCCGCCCUGGGCUCGUGGCUGUCCGAGCUGCAUCGCGGUGCCAGCGCUUUGGACAUCAACCGCGUGGCCUCCAGCUUCCUCUCCCAGGGGCCCGAAAUGGCCGACUACAAGGAGGCCCUGGAGGAAUUGCGCCUGCUGGCCCGGUGUUACCGCGACGACAGCGGAGGGGCAGCGCACUCCUCCUCGGAAGAAGAUGAUGACUAACAAUCUUAUGGGUUGUUCCGGAUGGACUGCGGACCGGACUGGCAUCAGCAUGCGUGCACUCAUACAGACAGAGAUGGAUGAAGAGGAGCUGUGCCUCUGCUCUAUGAAGGCCCAGGACUGAUUACAUGCUCACAGAAAGGGGUGAAAAUAGACACAGAUGAGGGAAUAUUAAGACGAUAGACCUCUACAUGUGUAGAACUCAGUGAGGUGAUGGAUGUAGCAUCAUGUGACUGUAUGGACUGUUACAUUUCCUCGAAUGACUGUCUAUGUAAUGAACUGUUAUUUACAUGCUACAAAAUGGCUGCAUUUACACUGAGAUGUUUGUCACACUUCUGUUUUGGCCACCAGUUACUCUGACCAUAAUUUCAUUCAAGUAAUUAGCAGAUAUUUAGAGUGUAAAGACUCUAAAUCUCGGCCUGGAGAAGAGCUAUGCAGACAUAUAACUUUGGCUUAAGGAUGCUCCGAUCAAUCGGCUUUUAGCUAUCGGCCUAUAUUUGUUCUAAAUAGUUUGAACGGUGAUCUCCAUUAUAGCACAUAUUCUUAAUUGGAUUUUUUUUUUUUUCAGUGCACAUUGAUCUGCUUUUUAGUUGCUCUGAGAGCUACACGGCUGGAUACAAACACCAAUGUGUUUGUGUCCAGCUGGUGCUCUGCAUCCAUAGUUUCACCAUCUGUCUGGUCUAUUCUAUUAAAAAAAAAAAAAAAACCCACUGAUAAUAUAUUAUAAAUGAAUAAUCUGAUUCUGACAAACAUAAUAUGCUUUCUAGCAAGCAAAACACUUGAUGUACACACUUAGCAUAGUGUCAAUGCAGUUUGUAAUUGUUAAGAUCAUCUAAUUAUAUAUAUAUAUUUUUUUUUUUUACAUAUUCCAUGUCAGUGUGUCUUAACAAGAGCGCGAGAGAUACUAGCACACAGAGCAAAAUUGCUUGCUGACCAGCCUGGAGAAAUAGCUUCAAUAGACCAGCGCUCCGCCUAUGAAAUGCUGAUUGGAGCACCUUCAUUAAGGUUUCACAUCAAAAACCGUUCAUCUAAACCUUGUUGCCAGAGCUGAAUGUGGCCAACAGCCAGAAAAUGCCAAAUAAACAAUUAAAAGCCUGC